GCGCGAACCUUCGCGCGGUAGUGUGAUCGCGAUAUAGACGGUGUUAGAAGAGUUUCGCGACGCGAAAGAGCACGAGAGAGAGAGAGAGAGAGGAAAAACUGUACGAAGGAAACUGCAGCAGUCUCGUGUAAUCGCGAACCACCCGCGGUACGUAUCGUCGCGCGCGUGAUCGACGAGAACGGGUGCGUGACGUCGUACGUCGCGUCGCGUCGCGUCGCCCUGGACGGAUCUCUCUCAGCCAGCCCCCGAUCGAGCCCCCGCGUCGACGAUGUCGUUUAACUUUCGCGACUCGCCGAGAUUCGCGGACCGCCUGCGCGGCAUGUCCGACGACGAGCUGCUGCGGGAGAUGAAGCAGCGUUUCAACGAGGACAACAACAACGACGGCGGCGGCGGCGGCGGCGGCGGCGGCGACCGGUUCUUCGAUUACGGCAGCAGGCCCACCAGGGGUGACUCCUUCAACCGGCCCUUCACGCACUUCCCGAGGGGGUUCCCGUUCGACGACGACGCCGACGUUUUCGAACGUCCGCGCGGCAACGGUAUCCGCGCGCACCUGGACGACCUUGCGGCGCGCCACCCCGAGUUCGCUGAGCACUUGCGCGGUCCGCCUUGGCCGUUCAGCGGCUCCCUACUGCGCGACCGCCGCCGUCGGCGCCGCGGUUCCGGUGACAGCAACAACGACGAUCAGCAGCAGCAGCAACAGCAGCAGCAACAAGGUCAGCAGCAUCAGGACGAGGACGCGCGUAGCCAGGCGAGUGGUAGCAGUGCCGCGAGUGGCGCCAGUGCCGUCAGCUCGCACAGCGGCGGCGGUGGCGAGCACGACCUGACGUCAUCGUCAGCGAUACCGCAGUACGGUCUACGUAACACGAUGGACAUAGGCCAGCAGCAGCGACGCCGCGACAUGGAGACGAGUCCGGAGAAGGGUGAGCGCGGCCAGCGCUCGAUGUCGGCACCGCCGGAGAGCUGGCAGCAGCAGCAGCAACAGGAGCAGAUGCAACAAGAUCAGCCACAACCUGGCCAAGGUCAGAGAUUCGUGUCCCGAGUGGAUAUCACGCCGCAGCACAAUCAGCAACAGCAACGCGCCCAGUCGCCUGGUAAACCGGCCAGCAACGUCCGACACAUCCCCAUCUUCGUGGAGGGUCGCGACACGCCGGUGAUACCGAAGGUCGCGACAGACGACGCGCCGUCGUCCACCUUCCAGCAUCACCAUCAGCGACAGCCGUCGCCGCCGGCCCACCACUUCGACAGAUCGUCGCCGCCGGCGCAUCACUUCCACAGACCCUCGCACUUCAACGAGCGCUUCAGUCGGCAGCAGUGGCCACCGUCGCAUUUCCAGGAGUUCUACAAGCCGGCAGGGUUUGAGCAACCGAUGCGACGGCAGCAACAACAGCAACCCCAAUACCAUUAUCAGCCGCAGUCCCAAUAUCAACCUCAUGAGCAACAGUCUCAUCAGCCCCAGUAUCAGCAGCAAUAUCAACAGCGUCAGCAACCUCAGUCUUAUCAGGAGCAAUACCAGGAGCAACAGUCUCAACAACCUCAGGAACAGCAGCAGCAACAGCAAGAAACGCCGAAACCAAAGCCCCCGGUGCCAAAGGAUCCCCUGGAGAAAGUCGCCCAGGUGCAGAAGGAAGUGGACGAUCUGGCCGAGCAGGUGCGACGUUACGUCGGCGGCUCCCGGCAAGACAAGGAGUACGUCUAUCUGGACGAGAUGCUGACGCGCGAAUUAAUCAAGCUGGACGACAUAGAGACGGAAGGUCGGGAGAACGUGCGGCAGGCGCGUAGGAACGCCAUCAAGAGCAUACAGGACACCAUCGGUCUGCUGGAGACGAAGACACCGAUCGCCAGCCAGCAGGAGCAACAACCCGCCGCGCAUAAGGAGAUUCAGGAGUGCGCUGAGAAGGAUCAACAGGGACAAGAGAUCUCGCACGUACCCCAGCCGAUGGAGACAGACGCGAAGCAAGAGAAGCACAGUAACGAACCGAUACCGCUUCCGCCGGCGCCAUCGUCACCGACGAAGACGAAAGUGGAAUCCUCGGAAAGUGAAAGUGCAACGGCAACGGCUGUCGAAUCCGCGAAUCAAAGCGUUAUCGCCGCCGGCCAACCGAAAAUGGAAAAUCUAACUUCGGAAAAUACGGAACAGUCCGUCGCGUUGACGGACGAAUCGACGAGACGCGCGGACGAAACGGGCAAGGAAUCGAAGCCGAGCGAUGGAGAACGGCAGAAGGACGGUGACGUGUCGCGAACGGAGGAUAAACCCGCGACGCCGUCGAAGCAGCAAGCGAAGGAAGCGACGGAGGUGAUCGAUGGCCAGCUGGGCUCGACGGAGUCGCCGAAGCUGCAGAAGAAGGCAAAGAAGACGAAGAAGAAGGAGCAGCAGCAGCAGCAGCCGGUGUCCGAGCAAGCGAUCCCGCUGCCGCCACCGCCGACGGAGAGCGCGAAGUAAAAGAAAAAAAAACGGAACGCUGAAGAAACGUGUCAUAUAGUCGAACGUGUACACGACGUGUGGACUCGACGAGAGUCGGCGAAUGAGGGAGAGAGAAAGAGAGAGAAUUUCGUGGGUCGUAUAGGAACAAGAAUCGACUAUAGAAAUACGAGUUUCCGCGAAGGAACGCCGGGUGAUGGAAAACGAAGAAGUUCUUCGGAGGACAUCGAAUUGUCGCACUGACACUGCGAAGUGGCUUGACCGACUCGUAUCAGGACGUUGAACGCUCCACUACCUUUUCUUACUUUAUUCCGAGUUCCCGAACUUACAGAGGAGUCAAGUCUAAUCGCGUCCGAGCAACGAAGCCUUCGAAUCCCCGCGAAUCACUCGUCAUUGCCUUAGGACGAGGCCUUUCCUCUUUUGUAGAAUAAUCACGAGCGAGACCGGAAGCGAGCUGGGUGCGCGGUAUAACCGCGAUCCGUAAGUUCGGACGGCUUCCCGGGAGACACGGCCUUCGAUUCGAACCUCUUAAGCGGCCGCACAUCCGCGUGUUCCGUUAUAUAUUUUUUCAACGCCAGGAAAGAAUCUAUAUAUGUAGGAAUGCGCGCAGCGAGCGAAUUUUUCUCUCUGUCGACGAUACGUAUGUAUAAUCCUCACCUUUGUUCUUUAAUUUAUUUAUGAUUUGCGAGUUCGUGAAAUGAUUGUGAGACAAAUGGAGUCCGCGUCCGGACUCCGAAAUAUCGCGCGGAAAAGAUUUCAAAAAGUCUCAUCGCGAGUCCGAGCGCGUAACGUUCGAGGACAUUCUACAGAAGGACAGACGUAGUUUCGUUAUGUAUUCAUCUGCCGAGCAGACCAAUUUGCCACAUUGUAAUGCCGUGCCGCAGGCGUCAUUCAGCAGGAAAAUUACCGAUUACACGUAAAUGAAAUACAUAAUGUUUUCCACAAGUCCGUAGAACUGCAGGAAAAGAUUAUAUUUAUAAAACAGUGCACAAAGUGUGCGAAUCGGACUUUGUUAGUCGGAAUUUCAAGUUUUUUUUUCCUCAUAUUUUUCGUUCUCUCACGGCAUGGUGCAGCAAAAAUCGAUCUGUUUGGCAGGUACAUAUAAAACGACGUUGUAGCAUGAGCGUGGAGCGCGCACGUGACGACAAUGAUGACGAUAAGUUAAUAUUGAUUUCUAAUUUAUUGUAUGUCUGCCCGCGAGAUGAUCUCGCGUCCGCGAGUGUGUUUGUUGUUGACGCUAAUAAUUUUCUGCGUACCGCGCGCGCACAUCUGCCGCGGAUACAAAGUGGCAGCGGAUGUGUAUAUACGAGGCAAGCGCAUAUGCAAAACUUUGGAGUCAUGAACAUAUUAUCCGCUGGGAACACCGACGUGUGUGCAACAGUCGUCCCCUCAUUUCUUCUCACCUUUCCCGAAAACUUGUCAUCGAGACGUGCUCCGCCGACGUAUGUAUGUACAUUAUUAAAAUUUAUGCGUGCGUAAUUUAGUGCAAAUUAAAAUUCUCUUUUAACAGGCGCUUGGAAAGUCGCCGAAAUAUAAAUUUUUCAUCGUAAGCGAUUGUUGUAUAAACACAGAUUGCACUCUGAUUCUCCGCGCGCGAACCAGUCAAAUAUUUUUAUACGCAACGCUCUGGAAAAAUUUCUAUUUUUAGGAAGAGAUUCCGGAUGUCAUAGAUAUAGAUUAUAAAAUCGAAAUUCAAAUUUGUUUUGCUAAAACUCAAAAUACAAAUGUUCAAGCAAGGAGAAAUUCAAAAGAAUGCUACCUGUGUUCAUUGAUUUUUGUGCGUGAUUGAUGCCGCCCAGGCGCAUCGAUCCAAUUAGUUUCUUUUUCUUUUAACUUUUUAGAUUUUGCAAGUCCACACCCAAGUAUCCAGGCGUAAAAUUAUUUGUUCCUCGCGCGUUUCGAUUAGUGUUGUACUAAAUUUGAAAAAAAAAGUAACUUUGAUUAUCUAUUACCUUCUCUACCUAAAUGAAAAAAAAGGAUGUCCUGAAAUUAGAUCAUAACUGACCUGAGAUAAGCUAGAAAAAAAGGAAAAAAAUUUUUCUUGCUUUGCUAAACUUCAAAUAUAUGUCUAUUUCAUUUUCAAGUACAUACAACGAAUGUACACUAUUUUUCAGCUGUAAAGAAUAGAUUUUGUAGCACCUGUAAAACACAUUUCUCUUUCUAAUAGGUACGAUUACUAAGAGAAACAUAUAUCACUUAUUUAUGAAAAUUAUGAAGUGGUAAAAAAAUCGCCCACGUUUUUGCUAGAAAAAAUUAGUUUUUUGUACUCGUCACAGAAUCCAUUUGUCGCGGGACACCCUGUAUACAGCGCUCCAGAUUUAGCGUCCGUUUAGAAUUCUCGAAGCGUUUCAGAUACGCGAGAAAAGUCCAUUCGAAUCGUCCGAGAUUGGAGCCUUGAGUGUAUUCGAAAGUAUAUACGGAGGGGGGGGGAGAUUUCGAAGUUUUUCAAGGAAAUUUGUCCUUCUAACUUAUUCCUUUUACGGAGGAGUCGCGAAACGGGGGACGGACAAGGGCAACGCAUUUUUUUUUUUCGGUUUCUCGUUCACGUGUGAUACUUCGUUUAUCUUCACCUUCUGUUCUCUCCCUUGUGUCUAUACGACGUUUCGUUCGCAUAUCUGUACUGACACCAUUUUCCAGUCGGAAAUUUUGUAUUUUUUCUGAUAUGAGAGAUAAGAGAAGAUGUGUAUGUGUGUGUGUGAGAGAGAAUGAAAGAAGCGCGCCUGAUAGUUGAAAAAUAAUAUAUAGGUAUACAUAUACGAUGAAAGUGUGUGACUAUAUUUUACGAGAUUGAUCAGUGAAAAUACAAAGCCUGCUCUAUCUUA